GUCACUGUCUCUGUCGCUGUCGCUGUCACUGUCACCAUCACCAUCACCAUCACCGUCACCGUCGCCGUCUCUGUGUCUCCGUCCCUUAUGCAGUGCAAUCAACCAAUGUGCGUACCUCAAGACCCGAGCAGGGGUGGUGGGUGGCCAAUUACUCUCUCAUCACAGACAUGGGCAAACUUUCAGGGUCUUCUUUGCUUCUGGCCGUCAAGCUUGCUCGCUGUUGGAUAUUACAUGGUAUGUUCGCCAAACACGGGUCGGGUGAGCAACCAAGGCCAAGACAGAAGGUAAAAUCAUUCACCUCGAGGGGACUUCCCUCUCUUACACUCCAGCCCAGGAGCAGCCUCCAUCAUGCCUCUUCCCGGCCAAUGUUCAUCCUUCUUGCAACAACAUCAGCAAACAUUGUCCGACUCCUCACUUGCGCGACUGCAGGGAAACCCAUCGUCACGGAUCCCAUACUGCCCAAGGGAGGCAACGCCAUCUUCGUGUCAAUGACCUGGACUCGGUGUACCCCCCAAGACACGGCUCAGGACGGCACCGACCGACCCUCACACGUUGAGGGGACGACUUCCAAGCCAUCCCCUACCGACAUCGCUAACGCACCGCGUAUCCGUGUACUAUGUCGCAAACCAACCUCCCUCCCUCCUACCUACGUAGUAGAUACCACGGCGACGGCCUGCCACAGCACCGCGAGACGCCCCGGCAUUCCGUCCAACCCAGAGCCCCAUUACAUCCACCUUUCCCCGGCAGAGCCAACGAAUCCUUCGGCUCAGCUCUUGCUUGAUGGUGUCGAUUUAAUAUAAGGCAAGCCACCUGCAAGGGGAACGCUGCGGCACCCUUCCUCCCCCAAGACCGGAAUCGGGACACAGGCUUUUGGUCUCCAAUCCCAACCACAGCAUCCCUCCGCACAGUUUCGCCUGGUUUUCCGGGCCAGUCGUGUCAUGAAGCAUUCCAAGUAGCCUCUUUCUCUCACACACUCAC